ACAGGCAAAACCAGGAAGCACUUUGUAAACAUUACGCUACUUCGUAGUAACUUUAACCACAUUGCUGUCGUGCAAACUAAGAGACAUAGCGUGUCUUCAUGAUGAAGCCAGCCUGUUGCAGCUCUGCGGGAGCGUGUGUUGAAGUGAAGGAAACACCCAGACAGACAGAUAGACAAACCCUGACAGAAUGAUCAGAAUGAUGAGACACGCGCUGCACGCGGGGAGAGGAGCCCUCUGUCUGCGCAGCUUCUCUGAAACUAGAGGAGAGGUCAUUGAGGAUGUUCUUCAAAGGACAGACUCUGCACGCCUCACAAACGAGGCGUCGCUCUACGUGCACUGGCCUUACUGUCUCAGAAGGUGUUCCUACUGCAACUUUAACAAAUACAUACCCAGAGAGAACAAUGAUCACAUGAUGACCGAGUGCCUUCAGAGGGAGACUGAGACGUUGCUGCAGCUCAGUCAGGUAUCCUGCAUCACAUCAGUGUUUUUUGGUGGUGGGACUCCAAGCCUGGCUCAUCCUUCUACCAUCGCUGCAGUCCUUGAAACCGUUUCCAGGCAGGCGAACCUCUCAGAUACAGCUGAGGUCACACUGGAGGUCAACCCUACUCCUGUGGGAAGGUCAAAGUUAGAGGACUUCUUCCAUGCAGGGGUGAACCGUUUCUCCAUCGGGGUCCAGUCUUUGCAGGAUGAAGAUUUGAAAGUCCUGGGAAGAGACCACAGCCCUCAGCAGGCUUUGCUAACUGUGGCAGAGGCCAGGAGGCUGUGCCCCGGGAGGGUGUCGGUGGACGUCAUGUUUGGACGUCCCAAACAGAGCGUUGAAUCCUGGGAGAAUGAGUUGUCUGAGCUGUUAAGGGUGUGCGACGACCACGUGUCUCUGUACCAGCUAACAUUGGAGCGAGGCACACAGCUGUUCAAACAGGUGCUGGAAGGAGAGGUGACCCUGCCCACUGAAGAGGAGACAGCAGAGAUGUACCUGUGUGCCAGGAAGACCCUCCACCAGCACGGCCUCCUGCAGUACGAGGUGUCUAACUUUGCCAGACAAAACGCAGUGAGUCAUCACAACAGGAGCUACUGGAAGGGAACGCAGUACAUCGGGGUCGGCCCAGGAGCUCACGGACGGUUUGUCCCUGUGGGGGAGGGGGGGGUCCUCCGCGAGGCCCGGACCCAGACUCUGGAGCCUGACAUCUGGAUGCGUGAGGUCCAGCAGAAGGGACAUGCGACACGGAGGAGGAUUCAACUCAGCCAUCUUGAACUAUUGGAGGAGGUGUUGGUGAUGGGAAUGAGAAUGACGGAGGGCAUCGAUCACAAGCAUUGGGAGUUGUUUAGCCCUCAGCUGGGCCUCCAUGAAGUGUUUGGUACAUCCAGCGAUGUCCAAGAGUUGCUUCAGAGAGGACAACUCAUUCUUGAUGAGAGAGGCCUGCGCUGCUCCUGGGAGGGACUGGCCUUACUGGACAGCCUGCUGCCAGCUCUACUGGUGGAGCUGGAGAGAAGAGUCAGUCUGAGGCUACAGGAGGACGAGCAUGCUAAAGGACAAACAAAUAGGACCUCUAACACACGAUGACAGUAUUGGUAAUGUGAAGCUGACAAUUGAGCGGCCCGACCAAGCAAGGAGGCAGAGGCAGAACGUCCAAAAAUAUAACCCGGUGUGGGCAUUUAUUAAACUUGAGCACAGGACACAGCCUCAAUCUUGCUGUUCCUGUGCACACAGUCACCAGCCACUACAAGGAUCUCACACACACUACCAGCCUCAAAAUAGACAGGGCAACAGACCCUAAAUACACACACUAAUCAGCAAUUCGACACAGGUGGGGGGGGGGAGGAGACAACACAGGGCACCAGGUGCACACAAUCAACAGACACAGACAUGGGGGAAGGGGAACACUUUUAACAUGAAACCAGGAAACAGAGACAGACAAACUAGUUACAUAAAUUACAUAUAUUCCCAUGCUUCCUGUGCAAUGUUUUUAGUGCUAUAUUACCCGUAACGGAGGCCGAGAUCUAUGGGCCCAGAGAUCACCUCUGUUACAGGUAACAAAGGCAAUAUCUUCGGAGAAAGCUGUAUUGAGGGUCUGGCGGACUGGACGUGUAAAACAAAUCCCCAUAACAGGCAGAUAUUUAUUAAAACAACCCCACAUAUUUAAGUUUUAUGUAUAUAACGUUUUAUGUUGUGUAUUGAAAUUCAUUAUUUAAACCGUUGCCAUAUUUUACACUGUGUUUUCUUUUUACUGUUACUUUGCUGUUUAGUUGGCAGCACAACAAUCCCCUAUUUGUUUGUAUGGAUUAUAUUUUAUAUUAUAUUGUCUCUUUAUCGCACUGUAAGUACCGUCAUCACUCUGAUUGGAUAAGAACAUUUGAUGAUAAUAUAUUUCAUAAGGCCUUGAGGUGCUAUCAUGCAGUUAUUGCUUGCGCUGAAACAUUUCUUAAUAGAUAUUUUCAUUCAAAUAUGAUUAUUCCUCUCCCAGUACACAGGAUAUUGUGAGAAUAAAGGUUUUAAUUCAUGGAUACAUUU